CAGCAGCUCUUGGUUUGCCAACGGUACUACAGCAGCAACCAUGUUCCGCGUCUGCGUCGUCCUGGCACUCGCUUCCAGUACUCUGGCUGGAUUCAUCAAUGGUGGCCACAGUCUCUUCGGUGGUGCUGGCCUCGGCAGUGGUGUCGGCCUCGGCAGUGGUGCUGGUCUUGCCAGCUAUGGUCUAGGCCAUGGAAUCGGCUACUCUGGCCUCACCGGCUUUGGUGUCGGCCACGGCCUAGCAUAUGGACCAGCUGCCAGCUACGCUGUCGCCGCUCCAGCUGUCGCUACCUACGCCGCUGCUCCAGUCGCCACGGUUGCCGCUGCCCCAGCCGUCUCCCGCGUGACCACCUACCAGCCCGCCCGAAUUGUCGCCCCGGCCCCAGCCGUCACCACCGUUGCUGCUGCUCCCGCUGUCUCCCGCGUGGCCACCUACCAGCCCGCUCCAGUCGUUGCUGCUGCCCCAGCUGUUUCCCAUGUCACCUACCAGGCGGCCCCAACCGUGACUAAGGUCUACCAGGCUGCUCCAGUUGUCGCUUCUGCCCCAGCUGUGCAACGAGUCACCUACCAGCCUGCUCAAGCUGUCGCUACCUUCACCGCCCCAGCAGUGACCAAGGUCGUCCAGGCUGCCCCCGUUGUUGCCGCUGCCCCAGCUGUCUCCCACGUCACCUACCAGCCUGCCCCAACAGUGACCAAGGUCUACCAGAGUGCUCCAGUUGUGGCUGCCGCCCCAGCUGUUGCUACCGUUGCCGCUGCUCCAGCCGUAACCCACGUCUCUACCAUCCAGCCUGCCCCUGUUGUGGCCGCUGCCCCUGUUGUGGCUGCUGCCCCAGCUGUCUCCCGCGUCACCUACCAGCCUGCCCCAACAGUGACUAAGGUCUACCAGAGUGCUCCAGUUGUGGCUGCCGCCCCAGCUGUUGCUACCGUUGCCGCCGCUCCAGCCGUAGCCCACGUCUCUACCAUCCAGGCGGCUCCAGCUGUCGCCGCCUAUCCCACCCCAGCAGUGACCAAGGUCAUCCAGUCUGCACCAGUCGUCGCUGCUGCCCCAGCCGUGACCAAGGUUUUCCACACUGUCCCAGUCGCGGCUGCUGCUCCAGCUGUGGCCACUGUCUCUCACGCUGCCCCAGUUGCUGCUGCCCCAGCCGUGGCUACCGUUCAGGCUGCCCCAGCCGUGGCUACCGUUCAGGCUGCCCCAGCCGUCGCCACUGUUCACGCUGUUCCAGCUGUUGCAACCACCACUGUCCACCAAGCCCCAGCUGUCGCUACUGUCCACACUGUUCCAGCUGUUGCAACCACCACUGUCCACCAAGCCCCAGCCGUUGCCACUGUCGUCCACGCUGUCCCAGCCGUCGCUACUUACCACGCCGCUCCAGUCUUUGGCUACAGCGCUCCCAACUAUGGUCUCGGCCACGGCAUUGGUGUCUAUGGCCUGAACUACGCCUAUGGUCUCGGUACUCCUUCCGAAUGGAACGCCCUUCUCCGCAGGAAGAAGUAAACUGCUCUUUUCUGCUAAGGACGUGGUACGUCGAAGGCAACAAGAAGAUUCUCCAGAGCGUGCGCUCAACUGUGCAUAGUGUUACAUAUUGUUGGCAAAUAAAUGAUGCCUCUCG